AUGUUCCACUUUCUGUUGCUGUUCCACCUCCUGUUCUUCGCACCUUCAUUGGCCUCCAUCGCCAUCCCUACCGACGCCUUACCGGGCUGUUCCGGCAAGUGCGGCAACGUGUCCAUUCCGUACCCCUUCGGCACCUCCUCCGGUUGCUACCUCAGCCAUGGAUUCUACGUCUCCUGCAACACCACCUACAACCCCCCCAAGUUGUUCCUUUCCACCACCGACAUCGAGGUCGCCGAGAUCUCCCAAGACGGCGUCACCAUCUACACCCCGAUCGCCCGCGACUGCUUCUCCGGCCUCGGCUUGGGCACCAACAUCAACAGCAUAUCGACCGACGUGACCGGCCUCCCCUACACCUUCUCCUACUCCCGCAACAUGUUCACGGCGCUCGGCUGCGACACCGUCGCCCUCAACUACCAGUCCAGCUUCUCCUUCUCCAGCGGCUGCCUCUCCUACUGCAGCGACAAGUCGAGCAUCGUCAACGGCUCGUGUGCCGGCAUCGGCUGCUGCCAGACCUCCAUUCCCAAGGGUCUCAAGAGUAUCUACACCAUUCUGAGGAGCGUGAAGAACCACAGCACCACAUGGACCUUCAGCCCCUGCAGCUACGCCUUCCUGGUGGACCGGGAGACAUUCGUCUUCAACUUGACGGACCUCGACGACUUCUACACCAAGAACAACGGCGUGGUGCCGGUGGUGAUGGACUGGGCGAUCGGGAGCCGGAGCUGCGAGGACGCGAGCGGGUCGCCGGACUUCUCGUGCGGCGACAACAGCCACUGCGUCAACUCCACCAAUGGUCGGGGCUAUCGUUGCAGCUGCAAUACUGGUUAUCGAGGGAAUCCUUAUCUAACCCGUGGAUGCCAAGAUAUAAACGAGUGCGAGGAUCCGGCGACCAAUCCCUGCGCUGCAAUCUGUGAGAACACGGCAGGAGGUUACAUCUGCUCUUGUCCGCGGGGAUUCUCUGGCGAUGGCAGGAGGAGCGGCAGCGGCUGCAUUAAGGACGCCAAGAGAUUUCCACUCUUCCAAGUCGUGCUUGGUAAGUUGGCUGUCUCUGUACAUGUCCUGUGUGAGCUUUUGAGACCUGCUCUGUUCAUCGUGCUGCAGGUUGCGGACUGGGACUCCUCUUCCUGCUCAUCACUGGUUCUUGGCUGA